AUGGACAAGCUCCCCAAGGCCCACCUGGCCAUUAUUGGCGACGAUCACGGCCGCCUCAAGCUGUUGGACCAGAUCGAGAUCCCAGACCUCGAGGAUGACAUGGUCCUCGUACAAACCAGGGCCGUCGCCUUCAGCCCAGUUGACGUCAAGAUGUCCUGCCUGCUAGCCAGCGCCGGCGCCCGUACUCGCAGUUUGUGGGAGGGGACAGACGUCGGGGUGGUGAGAACCCCCGAUCACAUGUCCUUCGAGGAGGCUUCCACCCUCGGCACAGGCACAGGGACUGUCAGGCUGGCGCUCUUCCAAAACCUGCAGAUCCCGGGCUGGCCCGCCCGGCCCGCUAUGGAGCCCAAGAAAGCCCUCGCCUAA